CCUCUGAUCAAUGAUUUUUAUAAUUAGAUUUAGUUUCAUAUGUAACCAUUAUAUAUAUAUCCAUGCAUGUAAUUAAUAUUAAUGUUGUUUCUGCUUUUGUUGAGUUUAUUGUCUAACAACAAUAGUAAUAACAACAACAAACACUUUUAUACGCCGUCAAACUUUUUGAUUUCAAACAAAUGUAAACUGAAUAUGUAUUGUAAAUUUCUUGUUACUUUUGUGUUGACGGUUGUUGCUUGUUCUUCCGCGGUUGCAAGCGAGCAACUCAACUGCUCAGUCGGCCAGCCGUUCUCGUUGAAAAUAAAGAAAGUUAACGUGCCGCAGAAAGAUGCCGUCGUCUGGGACGUAUUAACCAUAUGCCACGACACAAAAAGUUGUUACGGACCUGAAUUCAACGUCCAACUUGACAUGCUUCCUCAAGUCAUACCAUUCUUCACCCAGUUCAACAACAACCUCAUCUCUUUCACGUCACCCAGCAGCGGUAUGACGUAUUACAGAACCGAUGAAAAUGGUUUCAAGUUCUGCAAUUUCGACCGUCAAAACAUCGUCCCGAACAUCAACAACGUGCCCGUGUCUCUUGGAAGAAAUUAUUUUAUUGCCAGCAGCAGCACUUCCCCAUGGUUGAGUUGUCAAGGAGGUCAAAGGUUAAAUGUGACAGUUCUGGCUGACGACUGCAAAUUUCAACCAGCCUCACUGACCUUUUGUAAUGGUAUGGGACUCUGUGCGGCGAGAACUUGGGAGGAAAUGUUCACAUGCAAGUGCUGUCGACCGAACUACGGUCAGUAUUGUGAGAUGGUUGACGGAUGCCACUGGUACAAGGAUGAUUGUGAGAAUGGAGGAUGGUGCGUGGAUGAGUUGAACGAUCAGAUGGACAAGACACUUUACAAUUGCAAGUGUCCCCAUGGUUACUCAGGUAGCAGAUGUGAACAGCAAGACAACCCGCAGUGCUCCCGUAACGAGUGCAAGAAUGGAGGAACUUGCCUGGUGACUGAAGCAAACGUCUACGGAUUCAUGUGCCACUGUCCCGACGGCUACCAGGGCGUCACGUGUGAGGUUCAGGUCGACAAUUGUGCUUCCAAUCCGUGCUUCAAUAAUGGUCUGUGCGUCAAUGGUGUCGGUACUUUCACGUGCAUAUGUGCCGAUGGUUUCGCAGGAUCAUAUUGUCAGUCAGACCUGCGAGUGUGUCGUGCGGACACGUGCCAACAUGGCGGAACAUGUCAGGUCGUCAACGGGACAGCUACUUGCGCAUGUCCCAUUGAAUACACUGGGGUCAUGUGCUCAGAAAGUCGAAACCUCUGCAGCCCCUCGCCAUGUAAACACGCCCUGGAGUGCUCCUUCAACAGUCGAACCUACACGUGCAUCUGCAUAGUUGGAUACACAGGUAGGGACUGUGAAAUAAACAUAGACGAUUGUGCAUCGAACCCAUGCGGUUCACAGGGGACCUGUGUAGAUGGGGUGGCAUCAUACCGCUGCCACUGUCUCGGUGACACUGUUGGAUCCAGUUGUCCAGAGCCAGCAGAUGUAAACCAGACGGCACAAUCAAGUAAAGAGACGAAUGCGAACGAAUUGAACAAUACGUCAUCUUCAUCUAAUAACCCAGCACUGUCAGUUCUGGGCAUCAUCUUCAUCAUCCUUGUCAGCCUGGCCAUCAUCAUCUGUCUGAUUGGAGGUGGCUGGUAUUUGAUGAGAAAGAGGAGGAGGAGACAAUAUGUCGAACAAAUUAAUGAUACCAACAGUAUGUCCAUGAAGGACCGCAUAAACACAACAUCAGCAUUCCCUGGAGAGCUCUUUGGAGACGACACCUACCCUGAAAGUAUUCCCGACGUCUCAUUCUCUUCCUCCUCCUCCGUGUCAGACACGCCUCUUGUCCAAAGAAGAAAGAAAGCAUCGAAAAUUUGAUUCAGUCUUUGAAAAAUGUUGUCAAUAAAAAUAUUUUAUUAUUAUCGAAUUUUCGACAUUUUUCACAUUUUAUUAAAAUAAUGCAAACCAACCAAUUGCAGAAUUUGAAGAAUGUUACUAAUAAAAUAUAUUUUUUUUUUAUCUGAUUUUUAACAUUCUCUUACAUUUUCAUUUCAACAUUCCAAUCAAUUAUUGUAGAAUAUUCUGCUUUUGGUUAUUUAAAAUUUUUAUCACAUGCAUGUAUAUAUUAAUACUUUACUUACGUACUACAUUUUAAAAUUUUUCAUGUUAUUGAUAUUUAUUUUCUUACAUUUUUUUCUGUGGUGAAAGUUUAUAAAUAUAGACUUUUUUGAAAAUUUAUUUUAAUAAAUAGUCAACCAAACAA